AUACAUAUUUUAGUUCCCUUUUACGGCUUUACCCUUUCGGCUCUCUUCCUUUUACACGGUCUGCUCUCCAGUGAUUCACAAUUCUAUCUCUUCCUCCGAUCGAUUUGUUAUAUAUAAUUUUUUAUAUAUAUAGCUCAUACGAUCUCAACUGUAUAAGUCUCUUUUAUUGUCUUCGUUCAGAGGUGUUGGAUUGGAGGUCUGUAUCUAGUGGAACAGAAGGAGAGAUGAGUUUCUGGGGAGUUUAUUUGAGAAAAUAAGAAAGGAAGUAAGGAACAAUGUAUGGGAGAACGGGGCUUGAUCGAUUCAAAAAAGCUCAGUCAUCGGAACCAUUCUCAGUUACACUAAAUUCAGCUUCUAAAACAGCUUCACAGCCUGCUGCCAAAGCAGUUGUUCUUCCUGCACCAGCAGCUUCAUAUUCACAGUCUCAGACUUCUCACCUGCAGACCCAACAACCACCUUUGGUGCCGGAUGUGGUACCAGCUGUAGUGACUCAGGUUGGAGGGGGUCAAUCAACUUGGCAGCCACCUGAUUGGGCAAUUGAGCCUCGGCCAGGCGUUUAUUAUCUCGAGGUUAUGAAAGAUGGUGAGGUUCUUGAUCAAAUUAAUCUCGAUAAGAAAAGGCACAUUUUUGGGAGGCAAUUCCAUACUUGUGACUAUGUCCUUGAUCAUCAAUCUGUCUCACGCCAGCAUGCUGCUGUCGUUCCUCACAAGAAUGGAAGCAUAUAUGUAAUUGAUUUGGGAUCUGCACAUGGUACAUUUGUGGCAAAUGAGCGAUUAACCAAAGAUUCCCCCGUCGAGCUUGAGGCAGGGCAGUCUUUGCGAUUUGCUGCAUCUACAAGAAGUUAUAUCUUGAGAAAAAAUAAUGCAGCUCUUUUCCCUCCUCCUCUAUUACCCGCAGAAAUCAGUCUACCUCCACCCCCUGAUCCUUCAGACGAAGAAGCUGUUUUGGCUUAUAAUACAUUUCUAAACCGCUAUGGUCUGACCAAAUCAGAUGUUAUCUCUAAAUCCACUACGUUAGGUAGCUUGUCAGGUGGAAGGGAUGACAGCCAGCAUACAGAGCGUCCUGCUAAGAGAAUUAGGAAAACAAGAGUAGCAUUCAAGGAUCAAGUUGGGGGAGAGCUGGUUGAAGUUGUUGGGGUUUCAGAUGGUGCAGAUGUAGACACAGAACCUGGUCCAGUGGGUGUGAAAGAAGGAAGUCUUGUUGGGAAAUAUGAAUCUCUUGUACAAACCACAGUAAUACCCAAAGGGAAGGAACAAUCCUCCGCAAAGGAAGUCAGUAUUUCCCAAAAAGGUAUGACUGAUAAGUUGCAACAAGCCUUGAAUAAGGUCAAAACUGCUUCAAAGGGCGGGAUCUAUGAUGACCUUUAUGGAGAAACAUUUUCAGGCAAAGUGGGUUCAUCUUGGGCAUAUUCUUCUGUCAGUUCUGGCGGUCGACAAGCUUCUCCAACUGAAGGUGCUGAGGUAAAGGCUUUUGGUGCUUUAAGUGGAAGAGCUGGAAAUAACUCGGGCGGUGUUCAUGAUGACAAUAAUGAUGAUGACGAUGAUUUAUUUGGUGACUAAAUGGAAUGAACAGUGAAAGCUCCCGGGAAGGUUGUGAUUUGCGGCAUUUGCCUGAUUAUGACACUAUCAUUGAAAAUUCAAUUGCAUCGCUCCGUAGACAAUAGCAGGCAUCAUUUCCCUUGUCAAUGGGAAAAUUUUUGUUGUGUUUUAUCAUCUAUUCCUUUAUUUGGCAUGCACCACAAUGUUUUGAACCUGCAAUUUGGUUUGAACUUGAGAUUGGGGGUUUGCAUCUGUAUUACCUGUGAAGGGAAAUGGAACAAGAACCGCAUGAUCUUUUGUUAUUGUCCAUCUUUUGAAUUUGUAGCUUUUUCAUUUUUAAUGUUAGACAUGUUUUCAUGAGCCAAA